GGAUGGAUAGGGGACACAGUGGCCUCUGACCCCCAUACGACCUUUUUUUCUUUUUUUCUUUUUUAUAAUUGUGCUAUUGUAAUACUAGUAAUUUUUAUAUAUAUAUGUAUAUAUAUAUAUAUAUACGUACCAUGAAGUUCAUCACCAUCGAGAUUCAUCAUCCUCCGCCGACAAAGGGUAGAGUGAGGACUGAGAAAACAGAGCUAGAGAGGGAAGCAAACGGAUGAGGAAGGACGGCCCAGGCCCAGCAGUAGCCGUCCCGGGGCCCUCCGUCGGAAAACUGGUGGGAGCAUGCUUAGAAAAGAAGCCCCUUGUGGCCACAUUACUAGCCCUCACAUUCGUCAUGCUCAUCUGGAACCUCCCUCCUUACUACCAGAACCUCUUAUCCACCACUCGCUCCUGCGAUUCCACCAUUGGGAAUAGCACUUCCACCCCCAAACUCAAGCCCAACAACAUAAACAUCAACAUCAACAUAGACGAUAUCCCGAGGCCAAUUAGCUCAAGCUCCUAUAAUAACAAUGCUAAUACUAGUAAUACUAAUACUGCUAAUAAUCAUAAUAAGAGUAGCAAUAAGCGAACAUUCCAAGCGUAUGGCAACGCCGCGGCCCUGUUUGUCCAAAUGGGGGCGUACCGCGGCGGUCCCAGGACCUUCGCAGUGGUCGGCCUUGCUUCGAAACCUCUUCACGUGUACGGGCGACCAUGGUUCAAAUGCGAGUGGAUCUCCAACAAUGGCUCUUCUAUCAGGGCCCUGGCUUAUAAAAUGCUUCCCGACUGGGGCUAUGGCCGGCUUUACACUGUGGUGGUCGUCAACUGCACUUUCCAAUUCAAUCCCAACGCAGACAACUCCGGUGGCAAGCUCACCAUCAAUGCCUACUACAGUGAAUCCCCCAGGAGGCUCGAAAAGUUCACGGCUCUGGAGGAAGCACCUGGAAGCUACAACGAGACCAAGUACCACCCUCCUUACGAGUACGACUAUCUGUAUUGUGGGUCGUCUCUGUACGGGAAUCUAAGCGCGGCUAGGAUCAGGGAAUGGAUGGCAUACCACGCCUGGUUCUUCGGGCCCAAGUCCCAUUUCGUCUUCCACGACGCCGGUGGGGUAUCCCCUGAGGUGAGGUCGGCGCUGGAGCCCUGGGUCCAAGCCGGCCGGGCCACCGUUCAGGAUAUCAGAGCGCAGGCGGAAUUUGAUGGCUACUACUACAACCAAUUCCUCGUUGUCAACGAUUGUCUUCACCGCUACAGAUUCUCCGCAAAUUGGACAUUUUACUUCGAUGUGGAUGAGUAUAUUUACUUACCCCAUGGCAACACCCUGGAAUCCGUAUUGAAUGACUUCUCCGACUACACUCAGUUCACCAUCGAGCAGAAUCCAAUGUCCAGCGUGCUCUGUCUCAACCAUUCCUCUACUUCCAGGGCCGAAUGGGGUAUCGAGAAGCUGGUGUUCAGGGACUCACGCACGGGACUCCGACGGGAUAGAAAGUAUGCAAUUCAGGCCAAGAAUGCGUACGCAGCUGGGGUACACAUGUCGGAGAAUGUAAUCGGGAAAACCUUACACAAGACGGAGACUAGGAUUCGGUACUACCACUACCACAACUCCAUUUCUGUACUGGGCGAUCCCUGCAGGGAGUUCCUGCCUUUACGUGCUACCAACGACAAUGUCACUUGGUAUAACAACAUCCCUUAUGUCUGCGAUGAUAACAUGAAGAACCUGGCCAACACCAUCAAGGAAUUCGAACGCAAUUCCAUUGGCAUUCCAUUCCAUUUCCAGCUUCGCAAUGACAAUAAUUAGCAUAUAUAUAUAUAUAUAUAUAUACACAUUAUGCUAAAUAUUCCAAUUUAUAUAUCAUCAUCUAAUUCUUAUUCAUUCUUCGUUACAUCCUUGUAUCUUUGGCUUCCUCUGCAUUAAAAUUCAUUCACCUCUUGUUUCCCUGGCCACCAGUAUCCUUUUUGGAUUGUUGAAUUCUAGUGGUGGUUCAAAACUUACAAUGCCAAAUUCCAUGUACCAAAUCUUUCAAACGCACACAGACACCAAGACCAUGGUCCAGGAUCCCAGUCCUCCCGACUGUUCCAGAUUUGCGAUUUUGAUUUGUCUAGUGGCUACCAUAUAAAGCACAAGUUUGAGUUUGUGAAUUGUGAGUGAUUUAAUGAGCAAGUGAAUGCUGUAUCUGUUUCUUCUUUGCUUUUCUUUUCCCUUUUUAUUUUUUUUUUAUUUUUUUAUAAAUAGACUUUUUAAAAAAGAAAAUUAUUUA